UUUCAAGAUGGCAGCCCCCGUUGUAAACACACGAGAAAAAGGUCUGACAAGUGAUUAUUCUUUGCGUGUCUGAGAUAAUUGUUGUCGGAAACACGUUAUUUCUGUCUUGAAAGUGAAGACAUACCACGCGUAGUUGUCAAACAAUAUUUGUAAGCUUCCAAGAUGAAUGUCCAGUAUGAGAGGCAGAUUGACGAGAUCACGACGGAGGAACUGCGACCCGAUCUCUACUACCAGAGGGAGAGAAAUCCUACUGGGCCAGAGAGAAGAUGGCCUAAAGUUAUUGGAAUUGUGGAAAUCAUCAGUGGAUUUGUUACAGCUUUCUUAGGGGCAAUGGAGGUGUUUAUAGUGCCAUUGACGGACAACAUCCAAGAUACCAAUGUAAUUUACUUGAGUAAAACCAACUGCUUUGGUGCAGGCAUUCUAGCAGGAAUAAUGAUGAUAUUAACAGGAAGCACAGCAAUACGAGCGUCCAUCAGCAAACGAGCUUCAACAGUAUACCGCUUCUACAACCUGACCAUGCUGACACUAGCUCUCUACGUGGCAUUGACCAUCUUCCUCAUAACAGCCUACGGGCUGGGCUGGACAGUCAAGUCCAACUACCCACCAAAUACUCACAUCCAUGAAGUCCACAUCUUCAUGACAAUUAGCACAGUGCUGGGUCUGUUGUUUGUCACGUCAGCGUUUGUCAAGUACUAUGACCUUGUGUUUUGUGGCGAGAUGCAGCUCGGCAAGAAGUGGCUGGAGUGUCUAUGUUGCUGCUUCAACAGGCGGUUACUACCAACACAGUAUCAACAUUGAUAGAAAGUUUUUUACAAGGGUGGUCGCAAACACAUUCCAGAAUGGCUGCAAGAGGAAGCCAGCCUGCAGGCCUACCCAUAUAGAUCCCCAGCACUCGGUCCUCCCGCUUCUGCUGUCUACGUGUCCACUGAUGUGUUCUGUGCUCAAAGAUACCAUUCAGAACACAGAUACACAAUGAAGAGAGAGCAGAGUUAUCUGCCCUUACUAAUAGCUAUUACAUGUGAUAUGUUUGUUUCACGUUUGAGUCUUCCCUGGAUGAAAUAUUCUUAUGGGACUUGAAAAACUGUUUGGUAUUAUGUAUGUUCAUCAUUACGAAAAUAGAUUCAUACCUUUAGUUUCUAUCAAUCUCAUUAAAAUGGGAUGUCCUCAGAUCUUUGUUUAGCAGUAGCGAGAACUAAGAUCUGAUUUUGAUGAGAUUGAGUUUCUUUUGAAUUGGACACUGUACACUAAAAAGAGACUGGGGGGAAACAUUGUCAAGUGGGAUUCAAAUUAUAUUUUUUUUAGUUUUGUCAAACUUGUGUUUUAGUUCCAAGUUUGAAAAAUGCACUUUCAGCAAUGACAUUUAAUUGAAAUUGAAACAUUUGAAAAGAGAUGUUUCAUGUAUGCUGUUUAUCUAUAUCCAAUCUUAUUUAAGUUAUAGAAAUCAGUAAGUAUUGUUAUUUUUUAUAUCAUGUUGUUUUAUCCGUCAAUCACACAAACAGUACAGAUUGAUACCUGUGACUGCCUUAUAUAGAUACAAAACUAAACUAAAUUUCCUGUCACUUUUCCUUCUGCUAUGUGAUACAGAUCAGUGCUCAUAUUUUAGGUGGUUUCUGGGUCCUUAAUGUUUGCUGCUAUAGCAUUUGAAUGUGGGACACCUUAAAUAACGGUUAACUUUAGGUUCUGACAAUACCGCUUUAGUUUUACGCUGAAUUUAGAACACUGCAUGUCCACACACAAGGAAAUCUCCACCGCCAUAGAAUGCAAAAUGUUUAUAUGUUCUUGUACUGAGUACAUGUAUAAAUGAAUUUUGAUAACUUAAAAAAAAAUUUGUUGGACUGUUUUAUAUUUGUAAAUUAUUUCUCUUAGAAAUGUUGAAAAAUGAAGUUAUGCAUCUUCCAGUGGCAAAAGUGUUUACUUAAUACCAGUAACCUUUGCCACGGGAAGAUGGUAAUUAUGUAUCUAACUUUAGUUCAUCACACUUUGUGAUAUACUGUGGCAUUUGAUCAUUUGUAAUCUUUAUUUAUGUUUAACAACAUCUGUCUAAUGUUCUUAUUAAUUGUUUGCAUCACAUAUAUACAUGCAAUUAUUUAGUUGUAGUUUGUUUACACUUAUGUUUUUGUUUGUGUCCUGCACAUGCAGCAUUUGUAUGUGUGAUGUGACUGUCAUGGUUCAUGAAAAUCAGGACUCUCAUGGGCAUUUCAUGCUUGGAAGAGAAGUAUUUGGAAGACAGCGUGAUUACAACCUGUGAUCUCACUGACUGUGUGUCAUCAUACUUUGAUAGUGUCAAUCCGUUUUCAUGCUGUCUAUCACUGUUACCCUGGCCCUGAUUACUGAACCCAACUAUGUGUAUGGUGGUUUUCAUAGGGAUGUAUCUAGGGUUCCAAAUAAUUGCCCUUUAACAGGCAAAUUGGGAAAAAAUUGGGAUAUUUUUCAAUUUUGUUACUACAGACCCAGAAGAUCUGGGGUAGAAUAGGUCUUCAGCAACCCAUGCUUGUCGUAAAAGCCGACUAAAGGGAUCUGGUGAUUAACAACAAACAAACAAUCUUGUUACUCUUCUUAUUUUUGAAAAUUCUGAGGUACUGGACAUUUUAAUUCAAAUUGGGAAUUUUUACAGUCAUUUGCUGACAUGGGCUGAAUGUCAACCUCUGUGCUGGUCUAGAUAGCUCCUUGGAUACUUGGAUACAGUAUGGUGUUUAUAGGGUGUUUUGGUAAGAGAUGAAAAGCAUUAAUUAAUUUAUUUGGCCCUGAGCAGGGAUUGGAUUCGGAAUAUAGCAGAUGCAUGACAAUUAUGUCAUUCAUGCCUUGUCAGUAAUCCUUUUUGCAUUCUUUGAGUAUUACUAUUCUUAAAAGAACUAAUACAGCAUUUCACACCCUCCACCCUGACAUCAAUUAAUGAAACUUCUUUGGAGAGCCGUUCUUGAGUUAUGUGAUCUCAAAAUGCCAGUCACUCAGAUACGGUUGGCCUAUUUUGCUAACGUCAUAUAAUUGGGGAAUAAUAGAGUAAGGAUAUUGCACGAAUUUACAAUAAACCUUGUAAUGCAAGAUCUCCAAAAGGUGUAUAGUUCAUAUUAGACUUCUCAUUUUUUCGGACGGUGGGCUAUUCUGUGCUCAACAUAAAUUAUUUGUACACUUUGAUUUGAAGAUGAAAUCAAAUGAAAACAACUAGAAUUUGUAUAUAGGUUUAUGGCUGCAAGACUGCGUUAUGCCUCGUGAUAGUCACGUGCACGAAACGUUCCAAUAUGGAUUCCUGUCAUGUUUAUGGCUGCAAGACUGCGUUAUUCCUCGUGAUAGUCACGUGCACGAAACGUUCCAAUAUGGAUUUCUGUCAUGUUUAUGCCUGUAAGACUGCGUUAUUCCUCGUGAUAGUCACGUGCACGAAACGUUCCAAUAUGGAUUCCUGUCAUGUUUAUGGCUGCAAGACUGCGUUAUUCCUCGUGAUAGUCACGUGCACGAAACGUUCCAAUAUGGAUUUCUGUCAUGUUUAUGCCUGUAAGACUGCGUUAUUCCUCAUGAUAGUCACGUGCACGAAACGUUCCAAUAUGGAUUCCUGUCAUGUUUAUGGCUGCAAGACUGCGUUAUUCCUCGUGAUAGUCACGUGCACGAAACGUUCCAAUAUGGAUUCCUGUCAUGUUUAUGCCUGUAAGACUGCGUUAUUCCUCGUGAUAGUCACGUGCACGAAACGUUCCAAUAUGGAUUCCUGUCAUGUUUAUGGCUGCAAGACUGCGUUAUUCCUCGUGAUAGUCACGUGCACGAAACGUUCCAAUAUGGAUUCCUGUCAUGUUUAUGCCUGUAAGACUGCGUUAUUCCUCGUGAUAGUCACGUGCACGAAACGUUCCAAUAUGGAUUCCUGUCAUGUUUAUGCCUGUAAGACUGCGUUAUUCCUCGUGAUAGUCACGUGCACGAAACGUUCCAAUAUGGAUUCCUGUCAUGUUUAUGCCUGUAAGACUGCGUUAUUCCUCGUGAUAGUCACGUGCACGAAACGUUCCAAUAUGGAUUCCUGCCAGUGUUGGCUGAGGUCGUAUUGUCGGGAAGAGGGGAGCUAGUAUUAUCUCAGUUUCCUCUCUUAAACUAGUUGAUGAUUUUACUGCUACACUUUGUUUUUGAAGUAUCGCGUUGUCUAAUCGUAAGUUUGGUCUGGAAGAAACAUGUGUCUCUUUCAGACUCAGGGUUUCUAGUGAAACAAUCGUGUGUAUGCGUUGUUUUCACUUGACUUGUUACUGCUUGAUUAUCCAAUGUAGUUCAGGAAUUAUUGUCAAGAAAAUGACAGACAGGUAAACGGGUUGUGUGCUAUUUUGUAUGCUUGAAUUACGUUUAUGCAUGAUAAUUUAGUUUAAUAACAUAGUCAUUUAUAAUGCUAUCAAUUGUUUUUCAAUCAGCAUUAAACUUUAGUAGUAUGACAAUUCACGUGAAGCUAGAGAUGUGAGAAUAAGGUUACCAGUGUCGUUUUCAAACAUAUUUCUCUGAAAUUAAACAUGACUAUCGGUGCCAUAGAUGAUGCAGCAGCUGGAAACGACAAGCAGACAUAGAAUCACGGAAAUCACGUAACUGUCAUAGCCUUGGCACUCAGUUGUAUAUGAGAUCAACUGACUUAAUUUUUCAAAGUUUGUAAAUGAAGUUAUCAAAUUGUUUUCAACACAUUAGAUUUUUCAGUGGCUUUUGUUUUGUAUUCCAUGUCACAAAGGUUUGUGUGAACAGACUUGUUUUGAUGGUAUACAUGAUGCUGCGAAAAUAAUAUUGAUUCGUGUACCAAUCA